AUGGCUCCCCCCCUGACGAUUCGCAACAUCAGCAACAAUGCAUUGACGCUGGUACUGGUGGAACAUUUCGACCCGGUCGAGGAUGACGGGUCACCAUUCCAGAUGCAAAACGUGACGCGGUCGUUGGCGGCGGUGACCAACAGCAUCGGGCUGACCAACAACACAACACGCAAAGCGGUGCCUCAGAUCGACGCUGGCGCGCGACCGUUCGCGACCCGCGAGGUGUCGAUCAAGCUGCCGCCGUUCACGCUGGUGCCGACCGACAUCAAGGCCGUGGUCAACAAGGCAUCGGAACGGCUGCGGCUGACGUUCCAGACCGACGCCAACGAAAAGCACCAGAUGUACUGUCCCGUGCCGACGGCGGCGACCGAGUCGUUGGUGGCACUGGCCUCGAACCCGAAGCAGCGCUUCACCGGCAUCUUCCUGCCCGACACCUCAUUCGUGGCGCUGUUCAACACGUCGCGGCUGGACUCGUGGAUGAAGGAGCUGCCGGACCACGCUCCGCUGGGCGCGCUGUCCAUCCCCGGCACGCACAACUCGCCGACGUGCCACAACGCGCCGCCGUCGGUGCGGUGCCAGGCGGUGUCGCCUCCGGAGCAGCUGAACAACGGGGUGCGGUUCUUCGACAUCCGCGUGCAGGUGCCGGAGCCGUUCGACGUCGAGUCCGACAAGCUCAACCUGGUGCAUGCCGCCUUCCCCAUCGCCCUGUCGGGCAACAAGCCGUUCCGCGGCCUGUACGACGACAUGCUGCGCUUCCUGAGGGAACACCCGUCCGAGACGCUGGUCGUGUCGCUGAAGCGCGAGGGCACCGGCAAGGGCACCGACGAGCAGCUGUCGCGCAUCCUGAAGAAGCACUACGUCGACCGCGACCCGCGCCUCUGGUUCACCGAGCCGCGCGUGCCCACCCUGGCCGAGGCCCGCGGCCGCAUCGUCCUGCUGCGCCGCUUCGUGCUCGACGACUCGCUCCGCCGCGAGUGGGCCGGCCGCGGCUGGGGCAUCGACGCCCACGUCUGGGAGGACAACACCGCCCACGCCGUCUGUCCGUCCGGCGACGUCUGCGUCCAGGACUUUUACGAGGUCCUCGAGCGGCCCUCCAUCGAGAAGAAGAUCGCCUUUGCCCGCGACCACCUGGAGCGGAGCGGCGCCUGCGACUUCCUCCCGGCCAACGCCAACGCCGCCGACCAGAACAAAACCAAAAAGUUUCCCCUCUACGUCAAUUUCUUGAGCGCCAGCAAUUUCUGGAAGGUCGGCACCUGGCCCGAGAAGAUCGCCGCUGAGGUCAACCCGGCCGUCACCGCCCACCUGGGCCGCAAACACAUGUUGGACGACCAAGGCCGCGUCAAGCCCGGCAACUGGAGCACCGGCAUCGUCGUCACCGACUGGGUCGGCCUGGGCGGCGACUGGGACCUCGUCCGGGCCAUUGUGGGCAUGAAUUCCAAAAUCUCUCGGUAG